UAAUUUCUAAAUGAUACACAAAUAAGAGCACUCGAUCUCUCUGAACCUAGGAAUUCUAGGGUUUAUGAGCAAAUCCACAAAUCAAUGUCGAUUCCUCGCGAACUCUACCCAAGUGACGAGGAUCUAUUGUACGAGGAAGAACUUCUUCGCAACCCCUUCAGCUUGAAGCUAUGGUGGCGCUACCUGGUCGCUCGAACCGAAUCACCCUUCAACAAACGAGCUGUGAUCUACGAACGAGCUCUCAAAGCCCUACCUGGAAGCUACAAACUCUGGUACGCUUAUCUUCGCGAACGUCUCGAACUCGUUCGAAAUCUCCCCAUCACACACUCACAGUACCAAACCCUAAACAACACAUUCGAAAGAGCACUCGUAACAAUGCACAAAAUGCCUCGAAUUUGGAUCAUGUACUUGAUUACUUUAACUGAGCAAAAGCUCGUCACUCGCACUCGACGCACUUUCGAUCGGGCUCUCUGCGCCUUGCCGGUGACGCAGCACGAUCGAAUUUGGGACCCUUAUUUGGUUUUCGUGAGCCAAAAGGGUGUCCCAAUUGAGACUUCACUUAGGGUUUAUCGGCGGUAUUUGAAGUAUGACCCUGCUCACAUUGAAGAUUUUAUUGAGUUUUUGAUAAAUUCUAGUCUUUGGCAAGAGGCGUCAGAGAGAUUAGCUGGGGUUUUGAAUGAUGACCGGUUUUAUUCAAUAAAAGGAAAAACGAAACAUAGGUUGUGGCUUGAGUUGUGUGAUUUGCUUACGCAGCAUGCCAGGGAGGUUUUGGGGUUGAACGUAGAUGCGAUUAUUAGGGGAGGGAUUAGGAAGUUUACGGAUGAGGUUGGGCGGCUUUGGACUUCGCUUGCUGACUAUUAUAUUAGGAGGAAUUUAGUGGAGAAAGCAAGGGAUAUAUUUGAGGAGGGGAUGACUACAGUUGUAACUGUUAGGGAUUUUAGUGUAAUUUUUGAUGCGUACUCUCAGUUUGAAGAGAGCAUGCUUGCUCUGAAGAUGGAAGAAGAAAGUGAGGAUGAGGAAGAUGAUGGUGAAGAAAUUGCUGAUGAGGAUGAUGAUGAAGAUGACCGUUUGGAUGUGGCAAAGCUUGAGAAGAAGCUUAAAAGAUUUUGGUUGGGUGAUGAUAAAGAUGUUGAUUUGAGGUUGGCGAGGUUGGAACAUCUCAUGGAUAGGAGGCCUGAACUGGCUAACAGUGUGCUUCUUCGCCAAAACCCACAUAAUGUAGAACAGUGGCAUCGGCGAGUAAAACUUUUUGAGGGUAAUCCCACAAAGCAAAUUCUGACAUACACUGAGGCAGUGAGAACUGUUGAUCCCAUGAAAGCUGUGGGGAAGCCUCAUACAUUGUGGGUUGCUUUUGCCAAGUUGUAUGAGAAUCACAAGGAUAUUGCCAAUGCAAGAGUUAUUUUUGAUAAAGCAGUACAAGUCAACUACAAAACCGUUGAUAAUUUGGCUAGUGUUUGGUGUGAAUGGGCUGAAAUGGAGCUUAGGCACAAGAACUUUACGGGGGCUUUGGAGUUGAUGCGGCGUGCGACAGCAGAGCCGUCAGUGGAGGUCAAACGAAGAGUGGCUGCUGAUGGCAGCGAACCAGUGCAGAUUAAGCUUCACAAAUCCCUGAGGCUUUGGACUUUCUAUGUUGAUUUAGAGGAAAGCCUAGGUACCUUGGAGUCGACUCGUACGGUUUAUGAACGGAUAUUGGAUCUAAGAAUAGCCACGCCACAAAUCAUAAUUAACUAUGCUAUGCUUUUGGAGGAACACAAAUACUUUGAGGAUGCCUUCAAGGUAUAUGAAAGAGGCGUGAAGAUUUUCAAAUAUCCACAUGUGAAGGACAUAUGGGUCACUUACCUUUCCAAGUUUGUUAAAAGAUAUGGGAAAUCAAAAUUGGAACGUGCGAGAGAGCUGUUUGAGCAUGCCGUUGAAGUGGCCCCUGCUGAAUCUGUGAAGCCACUGUACCUACAAUAUGCUAAACUAGAGGAGGAUUAUGGUCUAGCAAAGCGAGCGAUGAAGGUUUAUGAUCAAGCUACAAAGGCAGUCCCACCCUCUGAAAAAUUGAGCAUGUAUGAGAUCUACAUAGCUCGUGCUGCCGAGAUAUUUGGGGUUCCAAAAACAAGGGAAAUAUAUGAGCAAGCAAUAGAAUCUGGUCUUCCAGAGAAAGAUGUGAAGACCAUGUGCAUGAAAUAUGCAGAUCUUGAGAAGAGCCUUGGAGAAAUAGAUCGUGCUCGUGGAGUUUUUGUGUAUGCAUCUCAGUUUGCUGAUCCACGAUCAGAUCCUGAUAUCUGGAACAAAUGGAACGAGUUUGAGGUGCAGCAUGGAAAUGAAGACACCUUCCGAGAAAUGCUACGUAUCAAACGGAGUGUUUCUGCAAGCUAUAGUCAGACACAUUUCAUCCUUCCUGAAUAUUUGAUGCAAAAGGAUAACAACCCAAAUCUUGACGAAACCAUGGACGCAUUGAAAAAAGCUGGGGUUCCUGAUGAUGAAAUGGCUGCGCUAGAGAAGCAUUUAGUGCCUACAGCCAAUGACACUGCUACCACAGAUGGUACCCGCAAAGUGGGUUUUGUGAGUGCUGGAGUGGAAACCCAGACAGACGGAAAUCACGAGAAUAUCGAAUUGCCCGAGGAGAGUGAUUCAGAGGAUGACGGAAGAGUUGAGAUUGCAGAAAAAAUUGUUCCUUCGGCCGUUUUUGGUAGUUUGGUUCGGAAGCGGGAAGAGGAAGGUGAUAAUGAUGGCAAUGGAGACGACACCGCUGCUGUGAAAGAUAAAGAUGGUGAUACUCGUCUCGGUGCCCUGGAGAGAAUAAAAAGGCAAAGGAGGGCCGGAUAGGCGGUAAAUUUACACUUACCUCCCCUUGAGGUUUAGCGUAAUUGCAACAAUCACCCCGUUGGUUUUUAAAAUUACGCUAAUCUUCCCUUUCUUUUUCCGAUAUUCCUUCUGUUGUCAUUUAUUGUGUAGAUUGUGUUAAAUUUUGAGAUAAAAUGACAAAAAUACCCCUCUCAUCUUCUCUAUA